CUAUGCUUUUUACAGCUAAAUUGAUCUUUUCAGCUGCAAUAUAUUGUGAUUUAGCAUUUGGUGAUAAUGUUGUAAUGUCAAUAAAUCUAAUAAACUAUCUUAGAGUAUUUGGAGUUCUUGAAGUGAAAGUUUGA